GUUAAAACAGCUGAAAUCCUAGUGGUAGCUAUUGAAAAAGUUGAAAGAUAUACUAAACAGGGAUUUGUAAACUUACCAAUAUGCAUGGCCAAAACGCAUUUAUCUCUUUCACACGAUCCAAAACUUAAAGGUGUGCCUACAGGAUUUACAGUGCCAAUACGAGACAUUCGAGCAUCAAUUGGAGCAGGAUUUUUAUAUUCAUUGUUAGGGGAAAUGCCAACUAUACCCGGAUUACCUACUCGUCCGUGUUUCUUUGAUAUUGAUUUGGAUACAGAAACUGGAAGGAUACAUGGACUAUUUUAA